CAGUGUCAUAAACCGAUGAACUAGAAGGGGUUGGAGGAAACCCGUUUUUGAGCACUCUCAUGUCCAGCCAAUACAUCAGCUAGGGGUUCUCUAGACGCAUGCUCACCCCAUACCAUCGACACUUGACCACUAGCCACUUACGAACCAAACAUCUCAAGCAAAAGAGGAGAGAAAGCUCGCCAUGGAGCUCGCAACGGGUGCCAUGAGCUCACUCCUCCCCAAGCUCGUCGAGCUCAUCGAGGGAGAGUACAAGCUGCAGACCGGCGUGAAGAAAGAUGUCGAGUCUCUGUCAAGGGAGCUGGAGAGCAUCGAGGUUGCUCUUGCCAAGGUCACUGAGGUGCCACUGGACCAGCGGGACAAGCAGGUCCGGCUCUGGGCUACCAAUGUCAAGCAGUUGUCGUACGAGAUGGAGGAUAUCGUCGACAGCUUCAUGGUGCGCGUCGAGGGCUCCGAGCCAGACGCGGACCUGAAGAGAUCCAAGAGAUUCAGAAAAAAGAUCGCCAACUUUUUCAAGAAAGGCAAGACCCGUCAUCAGAUCGCUGACAAGAUCCAAGAUAUCAAAGUUCGAGUCAAGGAGGUAGCUGACUUGCGUGACAGAUAUAAGGUCGACGAUGUCCAUGCUAAUCAAGCUGCCACAAACACCAUUGAUCCUCGCAUGAUUAAUCUGUUCAAAGAUCAGAAAGAGCUCGUUGGCAUUGAGGAGCCGAGGAAAGAUCUAAUCAAAAGGCUGAUGGAAGGGGGUGAUGUUGUGUCCAACUCCAAGCUGCAACUCAAAAUAGUUUCCAUCUUUGGAUUUGGAGGACUUGGCAAGACGACUCUUGCCAAAGCAGUCUACGACAAGCUACAGGAGGAAUUCGUUUGCAAGGCUUUUAUUUCGGUGGGUCAAAAGCCUAACUUAAGAAAGUUUUCAUGGAUAUUCUUCGCCAACUUGACAAGAACUCCUAUUUGAAUGCAACAAUGUUGGACGAGGUGCAGCUCAUUGAUGAACUCCGGGAAUUGCUCGAGAACAAGAGGUACCUCAUCGUCAUUGAUGAUAUAUGGGAGAGUUCAUGGAAUAUAAUGAAAUGUGCUUUGAUUGAUAGUAACUGUGGAAG